AUGUUUCUCUAUCAGGAUCUGAUCUCUGGUGACGCGCUGCUGUCCAACAAUUAUCGCCUCACGGAGACUCAGAACGGCAUCUUAUACGAAGUCGAGAGCCAGGAACUACCAGCGCUUGACAAGGAUGCUUUCGAAGAUUACGUGAAGGCUCACAUCAAAAAGCUCGUAAAGCUGAUUCCUAAUGAGAGGCGAACGGAAUUCAUUGCGGAGUCGGCCGGUGCUGCCAAUUGGCUCAUCUCCAAGCUCGAUGACCUGAAGUUCUUUGCUGGUGAGAACAUGAACUUAGAUAACUUGGAGGAAGGCUCACUCAUUUAUGCUUACCACAAGGAUGGUGCUGACAACCUCACCUUUGUCUAUUUCAAGGACGGCCUGAAGAAGGGGGACUUCUUUUAA